CGCUCACCAUGCUGCUUGCUUCUUCCCCCUUUUCCGGUGCCACGCGGCCAUUGGAUGCUCUACUCUCCUCGACUCUGGAGAUAGCUGAUUGACUUCCCACUUCAUCAGCCUAGUCUGGAGUCUUGGCUCCGUCUGAUAGAUAGGUCAUGUAUACCCGCUCUCGCUCCAUUGUUGGUGUUGUAAGUCUGCGACCUCUUCUCUUCCACCUUCUUCAUCUUCUUCUUUUUCCUUUCCUUACUGCUCAUCCUGCCUCCUGCUCGUAAUCUGGCUGUGAGAAGUGUAGGCAAACAUGAGCAACAGCGAGUGGAACGACCCCGAGGCAAACGUCCUCCCCGAAAAGGUCGAGAAGUUGGAGCAAAAUGGAGAGAUUCCACAUGGCACAAACAGAAAGAGGAUCGUGGUCGUAGGCCUGGGUAUGGUCGGCAUUGCCUUUAUCGAGAAGCUCCUGAAGCUGGACGUCAAGAGAAGGGAGUACGAUAUCACAGUCAUUGGGGACGAGCCCCAUUUGGCAUACAACAGAGUCGGCUUGACGAGCUUCUUCCAACACAGAGAAGCCGAGAAUCUAUAUCUCAACCCAGCUUCAUGGUAUGCUUCGAUGCCAGAGGGCUCGUUGUCAUACCAUCUCAACACCUUGGUCUCAUCGAUCGACACGGCGAAGAAGACUGUCGAGACUGUCAAGGGCGACACUGUGCCAUACGAUAUCCUGGUGCUAGCCACCGGGUCGAACGCACUCUUACCACGACAUACGCCCGGCCACGACGCCAAUGGAGUCUUUGUAUACCGCACACUCGAGGACUUGCAAAAGCUGAUUGACUUCUCCGCCACCAAAAAGGGCACAGUAGGUGCCGUGGUUGGUGGAGGCUUGCUCGGUCUCGAGGCCGCCAAAGCCAUGAUGGACCUCGAAGAGUAUGGCAAGGUCAAGCUCAUCGAACGAAACCGAUGGGUGCUCAGCCGACAACUCGACGGCGACGCAGGUGGCAUGGUAGUCGAACAGGUCCGACAGCUCGGGCUGGACGUCCUAUUGAGCAAGAGGGUGGGCAAGAUCACGACAGACGACGGCAACAACGUGACGGGAGUGGUCUUUGAAGACGGCGAAGAGAUGGAAUGCUCCACAAUAUGCUUCGCUAUUGGCAUCAAGGCCCGAGAUGAACUGGCACGGAAGGCGGGAAUCAAGUGCGCCGAUCGCGGCGGCGGUAUCAUCGUGAAUGAGGAUCUUCUGACAUCAGAAAAGGAUGUUUACGCCAUUGGCGAGUGUGCCAGCUGGGAAAGCCAGACCUUUGGCCUGAUCGCCCCUGGCGUCGAAAUGGCAGACGUCCUGGCUUUCAAUCUGACCCAAGCCAAAUUACAUGCCUAUCGGAAGUUCAAGAGGCCCGACUUGAGCACCAAGCUCAAGUUGCUGGGCGUCGAAGUGGCAAGCUUUGGCGACUUCUUUGCCGAUCGAGACGGCCCCAAGAACCUACCCAAAACCCGCGGCGCGAAGAAGGAAGGUCUGGAGGCGACAGACCGGGUCGACUCGGCCAAAGCAUUGACAGAUGGUCCUCCGCCAGCUCCAGUGAAAGCACUGACGUACAAGGACCCGUUCCAGCAAAUCUACAAGAAAUAUCUCUUUACACUGGAUGGCAAGUACCUUUUAGGUGGCAUGAUGAUUGGUGAUACCAAAGACUACGUGAAGCUCGUCCCUAUGGUCAAGAAUCAGAAGCCACUGGAAGUGUCUCCCUCGGAAUUCAUCAUCGGUAAGCAAUCUGGCGACGACGAUGCCGAUGACCUCGACGACGACACUCAAAUCUGCUCGUGUCACAACGUGCUGAAAGGCGAUGUGGUGAAGAGCGUCAAGGAUGGCACGUGCAAGUCGAUCGGUGAUGUGAAGUCGUGCACCAAGGCGGGAACGGGCUGUGGUGGAUGUAUGCCACUCGUGCAGACCAUCUUCAACAAAACCAUGGCUUCCAUGGGUCAAGAAGUCAAGAACCAUCUGUGCCCGCACUUUGAAUACUCACGAGCAGAUCUGUUCAACAUCAUCUAUGUCAAGAAGUUACAGACGUUUGGCGAGGUGAUGAAGCAUGCAGGAAAGGAACCCGACUCUGCUGGAUGUGAAGUGUGCAAGCCGGCCAUUGGAUCGAUUCAAGCAUCUCUCUACAAUAAGCAUCUUCUCGACGAUGACCGACGAGGUUUGCAAGAUACCAACGACCGUUUCUUGGCGAACAUUCAGCGUAACGGCACGUUCUCCGUGGUGCCGCGAGUGUCAGGAGGUGAAAUCACGGCCGAGAAACUCAUCGUCAUUGGCACAGUAGCGAAGAAAUUCGGACUCUACUGCAAAAUCACUGGUGGGCAACGAAUCGACAUGUUUGGCGCCAAGAAGAAUGACCUCCCACUGAUCUGGCGAGAACUGAUCGAUGGCGGCCUCGAAUCCGGACACGCCUACGCCAAGAGUCUGCGAACCGUCAAGUCUUGCGUGGGCACCACGUGGUGUCGAUUCGGUGUGGGCGACUCGGUCGGCAUGGCGGUACGUCUCGAGGAGCGUUACAAGAGUAUCCGUGGUCCCCACAAGUUCAAGGGUGGUGUGUCCGGUUGCGUACGCGAGUGUGCAGAAGCGCAAAACAAGGAUUUCGGCCUCAUCGCAACCGAAAAGGGCUUCAACAUCUUCGUGGGUGGCAAUGGUGGUGCAAAGCCACGACACAGCGAGCUUCUCGCCAAGGAUGUCGUACCAGACGACGUGAUUCCCAUCUUGGACCGUUAUUUGAUGUUCUACAUCCGCACUGGCGACAAGCUGCAGCGCACAGCGCGCUGGCUCGAGAACCUCCCCGGCGGCAUCAAGUACCUUCAAGAAGUCGUCCUCGAAGACAAACUCGGCAUCGCAGCGGAACUGGAAAAGCAAAUGGAAGAAAUGGUCGGCUCCUUCUUCUGCGAAUGGACCGAAACGCUCAACAACCCCAAGAAAAUGGCUCUCUUUAAACAAUUCGGCAACUCUGACGAAUACGUCGACGGCAUGGACAUGGUCCCCGAACGCACGCAAACGCGCCCGGCACACUGGGCCAAAGAGUCCGCCACACAAGAUUUCCGAGGCACACAAUGGAGCACUCUAGCCUGGCAACCGCUCGCACGCUCCGACCAAUUCGUCGACACGGAAACGGGCUCCAGCCUACCCGUCAAGCGCGGCGACACGCAACUCGCGAUUUUCAAAGUCAAAGGCAAAUACUACUGCACGCAACAAAUGUGUCCGCACAAACGCGCCUUUGUCCUCAGCGACGGCCUCAUUGGCGAAGACUACAAAACCGACAAACUCUGGGUCUCGUGUCCCUUGCACAAGCGCAACUACAGCAUGAAAGGCGACGACGCAGGAAAAUGCGGCAAUGACGAAACCGUCAACAUUGCCACUUUCCCCGUCGAAGCUCGCGAUGAUGGAAUGGUAUAUGUCAAAUUACCGCCCGUGGACGAACUCGAUGGCGUCUUGGGCACGGCGAAAUGGAAAGUCACCAAGGAAGAGACGGAGGCGGAGCCUGAAUUUGCGAAAUUGGAUGCGAGGCUCGCCAAGACUCAAAAGGGUCGGAAAGGCGUGCAGGCGAGUCAUUUGCCCAAAGGGUUGGGUGCCGAGGGGAAGGCGAGGGCGAUUUUGGCCGGUGGGGAGAGAGGGACUGGUGGGGGAAUGGAUUGGUAGGUAGGUACCUGAGAUUUGAUAGAUAUAUACCAUAUAGGACGGGAUCCUUGGCGCUGUUGUAAUUAUGAAUCAUGUAGACGGGACUCUCUGAUGUUUUGACGAC